AUGCCUCGACACCAGCAGAAACCGUCCGAGCUCGCGCUGCAGAGCAAGAACCCGACCCUGAACCUGAAUCAUGGCCCCGCGAAUGGUGCAAUCCAGCAGCCGCAGCCGCCUGCAGACAGCAGCCCAAUGAACCUCCAGGGCGUCGAUCUUGGCUCCUUCGGCGGCGGCUUCGAACACGACGUUGCUGCAGGCCUCACGCCGUUGCCCUCCCUGCCGGCUUCACCACCUGGCUCUCCCCGGCAAACCAACCAAACCAACCGCCGAGACCGGUCCAAAAGCUUUCUCACCAACUUCAAGAGCAGGAUCUCGCCCGAACAGGAGCAGCGGCAGCAGAAGAAGGAAUUACGGCAAGGGAGCAAUGAGGACGACGCAGACCGGCCCCCGACCAGCAGCACACACAGCAUGGCAUCCAAGAUAUACACCAUACGGCGGAACGGAAGCACACCCGAAUUGAGCUUGGUGGGCAGCAACGAGAAGCUGCGCAAGGACUCAGCAGAGGACCGCGACGCACCACCUUUACCGGGUCCGAGACCUCAACCGACACCUCACCAGAGCGAAGACAGCACCACGAGCCAACAACGGCGGCAGAGAGAACAAGGGGUAAACAGGCCCAGGAUAUUCAGAUCAAAAUCGAUCCGACGAGACUCCGACUCGAACAAGUCACGGCCAAAGAUGAAUACCAAGGACUCCUUCGAGCACCCACCAAACACUGCACCUCUGCAGUCCGACUGGCCGGGCUCGAACGCACGGAUGCAGGGCAAGGGUAAAGAGGCGGACAAGCGUGGCAAGUCGGCUGAGCGUGUAUCGGCUCACCAGAGCGAGGAGAAUCUUCACGGCAAGAGCAAGCAACAAGGCGGUGGUUUACGGACUAGCAAUCCGUUCGGCGCCGGCAUGAAGCAGAUCAGUCGGACGAGCAAGGGCUUCCUUGGCAAGUUUGGCCGAAGCGGUAGCAGUAACAAGGAGCGCGAGGUGACUGACGCCGAGUAUCAACUGCGGGUCAUCAACCUGCCACUGAUUGAGCAGACACGCAUUACACGCAUCAGCAAGAAGCUAUCAGGAUGCCGGGACAAGACCGAGUACUGGAUGCCAAGUCUGCCUUGGAGAUGCAUAGACUACCUCAACACGAACUGCGAGAAUGAGGGCCUCUAUCGUAUUCCUGGAAGUGGACCUCAAGUCAAACACUGGCAGCGCCGAUUCGACACCGAGCUCGACAUCGAUCUUCUCUCCGAAGAGGUACGUGACACGAACGAAAUCGCCAGUAUGCUGAAGGCCUGGCUGCGCGAGUUGCCCACGGAAAUCAUGCCUGUCGACCUCCAGAAACAUCUUGCCAGAGAGCUCGAGGAAGAGAAUCCACAAUACAAGAAUGUUGGACAGCCUGCGUCUCAGAAGCUACGCGACACUCUUUCCGACCUGCCGCCUUUCAACUACUAUCUGCUCUUCGCCAUUACUUGCCAUCUUUCGCUCUUGUUAACCAACAAGGAUCGCAACAAGAUGGACCUCAACAACCUUGCAGUCUGUGUCGGUCCGUGCCUCAACUUGGAGCGUUGGCUAUUCAACUAUCUAGUCGGUGAUUGGCGGCACUGCUGGCAAGGGUGCUAUACAGAGAAGGAUGCUCUCAAGAUUGAAGAGGCCGUCGAGGCCGGUCAUGAUCCUCCAGCUCCUUCAGGCUCAAAUCAUACCGAUUCAGCUUCUCUGGAGUCUUCUAUGAGGGCCACGACUCUCGACGACAGCGCGUCCGAAGCACAUUCCAUGGAUGAUCGAGCGAUCAGCAGCGGCACUGGAAGUACUGCGAGCAGGCCAAUGGCCGGAUACGAUGACAACGGCAAGUCUCACUCACGCGACAACUCUCGGCCACGGGAGAAUGCGAAACCAGCGACCUACCUUCCACAGGGUACAAAGGGAUUCUCGAACGGCGCUGUCGGCCUCGGCAUCAAUGAUGAGCCCAAGCGGCCAUCAACUGCAGACAAUCGCAAUGCGCCUAUCGAUGGCAACAUGACCGGCAUGCAAAGCAUCAACACCAAUGCUGGCAUGAACAACCGGACGAGCAGCACCACCACUACACCUCGCAUGGGCCAUAGUCGCAGCAGAAGCGACUUGCCUCCCACACCUGUCAAGACCAAUGCCGACGCCGACUGGUCAUUCCCGGUACAUGCACAACGCUGA